AUGUUUGGCAUUAAGGGGAAAAGCAAACCAAAACGACCUCCAGGUACUGAAGUCCCUCCAUCGCCGGCAUUACCGCGUCAAGGUAGCGGACAUGCCAACAUGUCUCAGCAAUCAUGGAACACGGCAGCUACCAGCUCUACGUCUUCCUCCAUGCCCACAAGCAGUCUACCACAAGCAUCGCCAUCUUACAUGUUGGACAGCUAUUAUCAAGGCAAGUAUUGCUUUAUUUCACUCGUUGACAAGUCUCCAAAAGUAACGUCUUGUCUACCUGCAGGUGAUAAUAUUUCGAUCGCCAGUUCCCGAUCUUCUAGCAGAACAGGGUCGCUAUCAGUGGGAGACGAUACAGGUCGAUUCAAUGGCAUGUCUGAAAAGCAAGUGGAGGAUUUAUUUGAAAAGAUGUUGACACGACGAGGCAUCCACGAUCAAAAUGUACGCAAUGCCAUGCUUGCAUUUCCAACAGAGAAAAAGUGGCUCAUGGUGUCUCAAGAUAUGCAAGCCGAGUCCUCGUUACCAGCACCUUCCAUGUCAACAAGCAAGAAAAGCAACAAUGAUCCAAGAGAAGUGGAUAAGAGCACGCCUGAAUUCUAUAUCAAGCAAUUCCUCGAACCAGACAUGAAAGGUGUCACCCCGCGUUUGGUGGCUCACUUGGCUGUGAGUCUCCGCACCAUGCCGCUAAGCUGGGUACGUCAAUUUAUUGAUGCAAGAGGUUUACAAGUGAUCACCAACGUCAUUGGUAUCUUAAACAAAAGGGAUACAAAGACUGAGGAAGAUUUGCAGAUGGAGGCUGAGAUAUUGAAAUGUUUCAAGUCGUUGAUCAACAACAGAUGGGGUGCUCGUGAAGUGGUAUCACAUCCUGAAUGCAUCUAUCAUGUCGUCUUGUCAUUGGUGUCACCUCCUAUCCAAACAAGAAAGCUUGUGUGCGAGGUCCUUGCAUUUUUGUGUCACGUGGAUUUACCCAAGGGACAAGAAAUCGUUCUCAAAGGAUUGGACAAGUUGCGUGAAUAUGGACGUGAGUUUGGACGAUUUGAUGCAUGGCUCAAGCUUCUCGAUGCAACAUUGGAUGGUCGUGGACGAAUGGGAAGUUUGGUGGGUGCGAGUGACGAUGUACGACGACUUGGUGGUCAAGGUGCUCCUGAUAAUCAUCUCAGUGACUAUGCGCUAUCCAACAUGAUGCUGGUGAAUUCGUUGAUCAGUGUGGUCGAGGAUGUCGAAGUACGAGUCCAUCUAAGGAACCAAAUGAAUGCAUGCGGAUUACAAGCUAUCACCGACAAAAUGCUUGAAUUCAACAACGAGCACCUUGCACGACACAUCAGCAUCUUUAAGCAAAUGAGCGACAAUGAUUACGAGGAAGUGAUUGAGACGCAUACCGAAAACAUGCUGGAGAACAUGAACGAUCCACGUGAUGUCUUUGAAGCUAUCUUGGGACGAGUGGAAGGCACACGAGGCUAUGAUUUCUUCUUGAGUGCUCUACAACAUUUAUUGCUGAUCCGGGAUUCUGGAGACACACAAGUGCGUUAUUACCAGUUGCUCGACAAUUUGAUUACACAAGUGGUGUUGGAUCGGAAGGGCUUAUCAGCAGAAGACUUUACUGGAGGCUUUGGUUGGUCCGUGGCAUCCUUGGUUGAUAAGUUUGCCGAACAAGAUCAGCUUGCUAAGGCCAUUGCAGAAGCUAAGGAAGCUAAGCAAAAGUAUGAGCAAGCUAUCAAGGAGAAGCAAGAUCUUGAGACUGAAAUGAAUUUGCAAGGAGAUGGUCUUGUCGGCCAACUACGUGAAAAGACCAAUUCGCUAGAGGAUCUCUUGCGCAUGUCACGACAUACGAUUUCGACUCUGCAACGUAAAAUCAAGGAUUUGCAACAAGAGUAUGAUCGCAACAUGGCUGCUAUGGAUAAGCAACUCCGAGAUUUAUAUCUGAAGGCUUCUAUUGCCAACGCCAAUGAUCAGAACGAGCAAGGUGAUGAGGAUGCUGAACAUGCUAUUGCACGAAAGGAUAUGCCACGAGCUUACGACAAAACAUGGGCACGUGCUUUGCUUGAAAAUCGUCAUCCUGAGCUUGAUAGCGAUGGCAAUGAACUCGAGGAUCUUCCAAAGGCUGAAGGGCUAUCGGAUAGCUUCAAGGCUUCAUUACGUGAUCAACUUGGAGGUUCUGGAAUACCAUCUGGAUUCAUUAUCCCUGGCACUAUGCCAUUGAUCGGUUCCACCAGACGUCGUGGUCGUGGAUCAGAGUCAGCUGAGGAUACUACCACUACUACUACUACCACCACUACAGCAACAGCGGCAGGAACACAACGUGAUGCGGCAAUUGAAAAAGAGAUCCAAAGCCAAGAGCAGCAUACUAUGGCACCCAAUGUACAGCGCCACGAUGCAAGAACACUCGCAUCCAAUGACAAACCUAUUUCAGCACGUGCUGCCGAACUUGAGGAGAGACUCAAGCCAAAGACCACUGAUUCGGCGGAUGAUGAUCUUGUUAGUAAGGGCGAUGCACAAAUACAAACAAGCGCGGGUAGUACAAGUGCACAGACCACGCAUAGUGUUGGGGUUUCAACAUCUACAGCGACUGAGAUAUCGACACAAACAGCAUCAACGUCUACCGAUGGGGCACCAUUACAUCCAUCAUCUCAACAUCAAUCAACAACAUCAGCAUCCACCUCUAAUGGUGACUCGACACAACCUAGCAAUAGUUUGGCCGCACAAAUUGCUUCCGCGGCAGCACAAAAGCAUACAACAGGAAGCACAUUGGAUGAAAGAGCCGUAUCAGAUGCAAAUCAAGGCACCCAUGUAUCUUCAUCUCAACAUCCUGGAAAGACAUUUGAUAACACCACUGUCACUACAACUGCGAAGCACACUACUAUUUCACAGGCAAAUGAUAUACCUCCUCCAUCAUCAGCCACAGCAUCUUUUACUGGAUCAACAAACGAUUCAUCUAUUCCACCACCUCCACCACCUCCACCAGUAGCUGCUGUUGGUAACCAGGCAACGGAUGCAUCAAUUCCACCACCACCACCGCCACCACCAGUUACUGUUGUUGGUGGUAACUCAGCAACUUCUGUGCCACCACCACCACCACCGCCACAACCAUCAUCAUCCAUUUCAGCAUCUACGAAUAAAGACAAUGCAGGUAUACCGCCACCACCUCCACCUCCACCACCUUCAGGUGCUACGGGUAUUCCACCACCACCUCCACCACCUCCACCACCAGGAUCAUCAAAUGCUACUGGUACAGCUCCACCACCACCUCCUCCACCACCACCGCCAUCAUCAGGCUCUACUGGUGCAGCUGCUCCACCACCACCACCUCCACCACCUCCAGGAGGUGCUCCACCACCACCGCCUCCUGUUCCACAAGGACCUACACGUAAACGAAUGCGAUAUCAGCCUGAUGUCAAGACACGUGCUUUACAAUGGACCAAGAUGCAUAAUCAAAUGGUCGGCAAAACAAUUUGGGGUACUGAAGAUGUGGAUGAAAUGGCCUUGGAAGACGAGCUGCAAAGCCUUGGUGUGUUUUCAUCCAUUGAAAACUUGUUUGCACAAAAGGUGAUUCAGCGAAAGAAACGAGAUCAGCAACCCAAAAAGCAAGAAAUUCGUAUCCUUGAUCCCAACAAAGCACAAAACAUCAAUAUUGCCAUCUUGUCACGUCUCAAAUAUGUCCCCAUUGAAACAGUGGUUGCCAAGCUUUUGGCUGUGGAUGAUAGUUUAUUCAAGGAGAACUUGCUCAAGAGUAUGCAAGAGUUUGCACCAACCCCCGAUGAGACUGGCAAGCUGAAUGUCUUUGUCAAGAGUGCAUCAGAAGAGGAUUUGGAACGGCUAUCAAAACCUGACACUUUUUGUUAUGAGGUGAUGAAAAUCGAUCGUUACAAGGAGCGAGUGGACAACAUGCUUUUCAGAGUGACCUUCAAUGAGAAACAUCAACAACUUAGCCAGAACAUGGCAUCUGUUCUUGAUGCUUCCAUCGCCGUCAAGGAAUCCAAAUCAUUCAAAGAAUUACUCAAGCUUAUCCUUACGCUUGGUAACUACAUGAACGGUUCCACAUUCCAAGGUGGCGCAUUUGGUAUUCGUAUUGCUAGUAUCAACAAGCUUGUGGAUACCAAAUGUACGGAUGGAUCAAGCACUACUCUCUUGCACUUUUUGGUGGAUACGAUUGAAGAGAAAUUCCCUCGACUUCAUGGUUUUCUUGAUGAUCUUAAAGAGACUGGUCAAGCAUGCCGAGUCACUUUGCAAGAUGUGGUCAAAGAAUACAAUGAGCUGCGGAGUGGAUUGCAGAAAUUGAUUGAUGAAUUGGAUGCUCAUUAUGGUGAUGAUUAUAAGCCUGAACAAGGUGACAAUUUUGCCAAGACCAUGGUGGAAUUCAGGGACAAGGCAUUAGAAAAGUUUGAGGAACUUGAAGUGCGAUACACAUCCAUGGACGUUGCUUACAAGGAUGCUGUCUCUUUCUAUGGUGAAAAUGCAAAUGAAAUGAAGCCGGAUGAAUUCUUUGGUAUCUUCAAGACGUUUACGUCGAGUUGGGAACGUGCCAUGAGUGAUAACAAGAAUGCACGAAAGAAAUUGGAGCAAAUGGAACGAGCACGACGUAUGGAUGAAGAACGACGUGAACGUAUUAAAGCACAACGACAACGUGGUGUUGAUACCAGUGAAGAUAACGGGUCGACUGGUAGUGAGGAGGAGAAGAAUCUUAUGGACAACUUGCUUGAUCGGUUACGAGCGGGUGAUUUGGAUACGGGCAAUAAGCGAGCACGAGGGGCAGCACGUGAACGACGUAUGCAACGAAGUGAAUCGGUUGCUGUUAUGGCUGAGGAUCUUCUCAAGAGCAUUCAAACGGAUCAAGAUAGCCCACCUGUACCACGAUCUAGACGCUAG